GUUCCUGGCUCUUUCAAUGAAGGUUUUCUGCUUCGAUACUUAAAGGCUCACGAUGAUGAACAGCACAAAAUGUUGAAUGUGUUUCAUGAUUUAAAAAACAACUGUUGUAAUCAUCAUCCGUGUAAUCUUCUUCUGUUUGCGUUGAUGCGUCGGCAUACUCCACUUCAGUGUCUUCACAAUCGGGACGUAUAUUUGAGGAUGUAAGGUUUCUUUGAAAGUACUCUUGGUCAUCGGGUCAAAGAUCGUUUUACAAGACUAGUUAGUGCAAAAGAUAACAAAAACAGAAAUAAUGGAAUGGAUAAUUUAAAAAACCAUGUAAAUUGAAGUUUUGAAGAUUAAUAUAUGUUCUUACUAUGGAGACAAAGUCAAAAAGAUUUAAUUGUGUUAUGAAAGACAUGGCAAUGCAACAGUACAGUCAAUAACAGUGUGGAAUGAAGCCAGAAUUGAGAAUUUUCACAUGUGUGUUCCAAUUACUACAUUGUGAGUAUCCAAUUCAGCAAUGUCAAGCUUUCAAAUUUCUUAUCAAGGAGCACUUGAAAAGAGCAAGGGACCAAAAUUAUAUCGGGUCUCGAAGAUUUCAUUACUGCAGUGGUGCAAAAUGGGCAACUAAAGAUCUUCCAGCUUGAAUUUUUUACCCCUGAAAACUGGAUAUAGCUUACUGGAUGAAAGACAUCUGUUUCAUCUUUCCCUGCCAUGGUCACUCAUCGUGCGUCUAUUAUUCAUUUGAAGAGACGAAGAGUGAUACAAGUUGUUUGCUAACUGCUUCUUCGACUUACGACAAACGUCAAAUCCUUUUUGGAAUAUCUUAUCACGUUCUAUUAAAACGUAAGCAUGGCUGGCGUGAUGAAGAUAUUACUUUGGUUAUCGGAUUUGCGCAAACAGGGAUGCCUUAUCGUGCGCUAUAUGUGAUAAAACAGCUUGCGUUGAACCUUUGAACUGCAAGACUGGUGUUGUAAAAGAUGUAUGUAGUUGCUGCAAUGUUUGCGCCAAGUCAAUCAAUGAGCGUUGUGGAGGACCAUGGAAUAUUCAUGGCAAGUGCGGUGAAGGUUUAAAAUGUCACAUCGAAUCAGAGCGGUCUAAAAUAUAUCUACCCAAACAUUUUCGAGCUGGCGUUUGUGUAACAGAUAGCUGUAGAAGUAAGACUUGUGGAUUUCGUGAAAAAUGUAAGACAAACAAACGUGGUAAAAUUGUUUGUGUGUGUCCUCGUCGGUGUGGUAAAGCAAAGUUUCCCGUGUGUGGCUUGUCUAAUGGUAAACAAUAUAGAAAUAAAUGUCGCCUUCGCAGAGACGAGUGUCUUACAAAAACAGAGAUUGGUUUGUUGAUGGGAAAAUGUAAAAAAUGCUCUUACAAAGGCAGGGAAUAUAGGUUUGGCGUAAGUAAACCAGAUGGCAGACCGUGUGAAACUUGCAUUUGCCAUCAUGGAACAUGGAAGUGUAAGAUUGAUGCUGACUGUUUAAUAAACGAUCUUCCUCGUCGCUCACAAAAUUUAAAGUGUCUUGUAUCAUCUGAGGAUAACGAACGCAUUGUUUUACCUUGUCCUGUUGGAUAUUCAUGUCGUGUUCCACGUUCGAAGGUUUUGGAAGACUCCUUUAUUGUUGGUACAUGUCAAUCUAAAGGAGUUAAGUCUACCAACAAUCCUCUAUUGGAAAAAUUCAUUGAUAACAACAAUAUUGCCAAACCCGAAGAACAGAUAAUGAAUGACAUUCUUGUUGAACAGCAUAUACCUUUGGUGUCAGAAUUAUACGUGACACCUUCUCCUGCUCUUCAAACUCCAUCUGUUCACAUUCCCGCUUCCGACGUACCAUCGUUGAAAAUGGAAAAGGACAAUUCGAAAGAUGAUCUAAUGAAGCAUGUUUGCUUCUCGAAUCCUAACAAGAGAAUGUGUUCUCAUAAAUUGACAAAACGUUGGUACUUUAAUGCCACAAUUCAAAGCUGUGUUCAGUUUGACUAUGGGGGAUGUUUUGGAAGUUUUAACAAUUUCAUAUCCAAGGAAAAGUGUGAGGAAGUCUGUAACUCAGAUUUACUUCCAUCUGCGCUGCCUACGUAUAAUCAACAACUUUCUCCUUUCUACUUCAACACAGAAGAUAAUGAUAAAGAUGACACAAGUAUGCUUCUAGAUAUGUGUCAUGAUAUGAAGUCAGGAAUGUCUUAUCGUAAUGGAGAGAAAUGGCAUGUUGAUGAUUGUAUAUCAUGUUCGUGUGUCAAUGGUCGUGCCUUGUGUAUUGCUGCAUCAUGUUUAAGCACGUGUUCAAACCCAGUGUAUGUUGAGGGAAAGUGUUGCCCAGUCUGUAAAAAUAAUGAAAGCGAAGGUAUGAUUGUUGAGAUGAAAGAAAAAAAUUGCCAGGACCCCCAAACAAGCCUUUGGUAUCAUUCAGGGGAAGGCUGGAUAAUGAAUAACUGUACAAAAUGUGUUUGCUUUGAAGGUGAAAUAUCUUGUAAGGUGUUGUUAUGUAGUAAACCAUCAUGCGAAUAUCCUGUAAAAAAAGAUGGUGAAUGCUGUCCUGUGUGCGAUGGAGAUGAAAAAAUAGCGGCUCCAUCAGUAGUAGAAACCAUGAAAGAUGUUUGUUAUGAUUCAUUGACUGACAAAAUAUACAAAGUUGGUGAAGGAUGGAUCGUAAAUGAUUGUAUAAGUUGUUUCUGUAGUAAUGGUGGUAGCGAGGUUUGCCAUGAGGUGAAAUGUCCAAUGUCAAAUUGUGACAAUCCUAUACAUAUUCAAGGAAGAUGCUGUCCGGUUUGUCCCGAGAUUUUUCACUCAGCAUGUGUUUACGAUGAUCGGCAAUAUUUUCAUGGCGACUUUACGCUGUUGAACGAUAUGUGUACAUUGUGCAAAUGUAAUAAAAGCAUGUGGAAUUGCUCGAGAAAACACUGCAAUGUGACAGACUCUGUAAUGGUACUUACAAACAAAAUACAUAAAAAAACAGACGAAGUGAAGCCAGGAAUUUCCACCAAUGAUGUUGCUGGAACUGAAAACACAGAAAUUAUGAAAGAGUUUAUCGUAAAAGAUUAUGGAGAUUUCAUAAUUAAAGAUCCUCGUGAAAUGGCAAGAAACAAGACGUUUUUACUUGGAGAGAAAAAUACAUUUCACGAGAAAUUAAUGCACAACAAGAAAAGUUAUAAUGGCUCGAAACACAUUUCACUUUCCAAUCGUAUGAAUUAUACAAAAAUAAUUAAACAAGAUGAAUUACAAUCAGAGAAAAACCUUGCCAAUGGAUUUGUGAAAGAUCAGACCGAAGUUCAUGGAGAGACGUUUGAAAAGAAAUUUCUGUCAAGUGGUUUACUUUGGUUGAAGAAUUUAAAAAGUGAAAUGAAGUCAGAUUGGGAAGGAAAAAAAUAUUCCAAUCACGAUCUUGCGAUAAAGAAAAAUCACUUAAUGUAUUUGAUUGAGAAGAGUCUAAUGUACGGAGUUAUUAGACAAGCGUUUGGCAUUGAUGAGCGCUUCUAGCAUACAGUCGACGACUACCAUUCGCCAUUAUAUUCCAUCAAAUAUAAGUUUACAUACAACAGUCAUAUUUAUUCAUUGUUGACACUGUCUUCCACUUUAUAUGUAUUCAGUCGUUAUUAGUCUAGACGUAAAUAAUUUAUGCUAUUAAUUACAACUUGGAAGAAAGAUGUCUUUAAACUUAGACCUGUAAUAAGAAAAAUUUUAUAUACUAGUUACACCUGUAGAGAGAACGAUGCCUUGUUAGAUCUGGAACGAAAAAAAUAUCUUUAUAGUUACACCUGCAACGAUGAAUUUAUCUCAAAUUUUGUCACAUGAUAAAAAUAUUCAAUAUUAGCGUCCAGAAAAUUCGUAUUAUAGACACAUAGCUAUACACGUAACUUGUUGCUCAAAGCAUGUAUUUACUGUAAAUAUAUUAAAUAUUACCAUUAACUUUUCAGUUGUUUUCAA